UCUCGGAGAACCUUGCGCUUUGGCAACAAAGAGCGUGGGAGCCGGGGAGCCACCCCGGGAAAAGGCUGUGUGUCUAUUUCCAGCUAAGCCACAGGGCUCGGGCGCCAGUCGAGCCCCUGGCUCGCUCGCUGCUCGCCCUACUGAAACCGACUUCCAGGAGCGGCUUUUCAAACACACUCCACGCGCCAGGACAGCCCCUGCAGCGGCAAUGUUUCCUGAGCUGUCGCCUCCGUGCCCUCUUUAAAAGCCGCGUUCUCUUCCCCCAAAGACGCUUCCCCCUUCCCUUUCAAAGGCUUUAGUCCUGAUUUGUUCCCCCCCCCCUUUUUUUUUAAAUUUUAAACAAAACAAAACUAUGUGUUGCUGUUGAAUUUUUUUUUUAUUGUUUUUGAAAAGCAAACACAAAAGCGGAGCCAAGCCAGCAGCUGCGGACUGGUUCCCUGUCUGGAGUGGAUGAGCCUCUCCAUGAGAGAUCCGGUUAUCCCUGGGACAAGCAUGGCCUAUCAUCCGUUCCUACCUCACCGGGCGCCGGACUUCGCCAUGAGCGCGGUGCUGGGCCACCAGCCGCCUUUCUUCCCCGCGCUAACGCUGCCUCCCAACGGCGCCGCAGCGCUUUCCCUGCCGGGAGCCCUGGCCAAGCCCAUCAUGGAUCAGUUGGUGGGGGCCGCGGAGACCGGCAUUCCUUUCUCAUCCCUGGGACCCCAGGCACAUCUGAGGCCUCUGAAGACCAUGGAACCCGAAGAGGACGUGGAAGACGACCCCAAAGUGCACCUGGAGGCCAAGGAACUUUGGGACCAGUUUCACAAGCGGGGUACAGAGAUGGUCAUUACGAAGUCGGGAAGGAGAAUGUUCCCUCCAUUUAAAGUGAGGUGCUCUGGGCUGGAUAAAAAAGCCAAGUAUAUUUUACUGAUGGACAUUAUAGCUGCUGAUGACUGUCGAUACAAAUUUCACAAUUCUCGGUGGAUGGUGGCCGGUAAGGCAGACCCCGAAAUGCCAAAGAGAAUGUACAUACACCCGGACAGCCCCGCCACGGGGGAGCAGUGGAUGUCCAAAGUCGUCACUUUCCACAAACUGAAACUCACCAACAACAUAUCGGAUAAACACGGAUUUACUUUGGCCUUCCCAAGCGAUCACGCAACGUGGCAGGGGAAUUAUAGUUUUGGGACCCAGACCAUACUCAACUCUAUGCAUAAGUACCAGCCCCGGUUCCACAUCGUCAGAGCUAAUGAUAUUUUGAAGCUGCCUUAUAGUACAUUUCGCACAUACCUGUUCCCGGAAACGGAAUUCAUUGCCGUGACGGCCUACCAAAAUGACAAGAUAACUCAGUUAAAAAUAGACAACAAUCCUUUUGCAAAGGGUUUUCGGGACACUGGGAACGGCAGGAGAGAAAAAAGAAAGCAGCUCACCCUGCAGUCCAUGAGGGUGUUUGAUGAGAGGCACAAGAAGGAGACCGGGACCUCAGACGAGUCCUCUAGCGAGCAGGCAGCCUUCAACUGCUUCGCCCAGGCCUCCUCUCCAGCUGUGUCCACUGUGGGGACAUCCAACCUCAAAGAUUUGUGUCCCAGCGAAGCUGAAAGUGACACCGAGGCCGAAAGCAAGGAGGAGCAGGGCCCCGAGGCCUGCGACGCGGCUAAGAUUUCCACCACCACCGCCGAGGAGCCAGGCCGAGACAAGGGCAGCCCGGCCACCAGGGCGCAGCUGUUCCCCGCGGAACCCGGUCGAGCCCGAGACACUGCGCGCCUGGACAAGGCAUCGCCAGAUUCGCGCCACAGCCCGGCCACCAUCUCAUCCAGCACUCGCGUCCCGGGAGCGGACGAGCGCAGGAGCCCCGGACGCGAGGGUCCGGGCGCUGUCAAGGUGGAUGAGGUGCGUCCGCUGCCCGCCAAGGACGCCUUCGCGCCGCUGUCGGUGCAGACGGACGCCGCCGCGCACCUGGCGCAGGGGCCCCUUCCCGGCUUGGGCUUCGCCCCAGGCCUUGCUGGCCAGCAGUUCUUCAACGGGCAUCCUCUCUUCUUGCACCCGGGCCAGUUCGCCAUGGGCGGCGCCUUCUCCAGCAUGGCUGCGGGCAUGGGGCCCCUGCUGGCCACAGUAUCCGGGGCAUCCACCGGCGUCUCCGGCCUAGAUUCCACAGCCAUGGCCUCUGCUGCCGCAGCGCAGGGACUGUCCGGGGCAUCGGCUGCCACCCUGCCCUUCCACCUUCAACAACAUGUCCUGGCCUCCCAGGGCUUGGCUAUGUCGCCUUUUGGGAGCCUGUUCCCUUACCCCUACACGUACAUGGCCGCAGCAGCUGCGGCCUCCUCAGCGGCCGCCUCCAGCUCCGUGCACCGCCACCCGUUCCUCAACUUGAACAGCAUGCGUCCCCGGCUGCGUUACAGUCCGUAUUCCAUCCCAGUUCCAGUGCCUGACAGCAGCCUGCUGGCCACUGCGUUACCAUCCAUGGCGUCCGCCGCGGGGCCCCUAGACGGCAAGGCAGCCGCCCUGGCGGCUAGCCCGGCCUCCGUGGCCGUGGACUCGGGGUCGGAACUGAAUAGCCGCUCCUCCACGCUCUCCUCCAGCUCAGUGUCCUUGUCACCCAAACUCUGCUCAGAGAAGGAGGCGGCUACCAGUGAACUGCAGAGCAUCCAGCGGCUGGUCAGUGGCUUGGAAGCCAAGCCGGACAGGUCCUGCAGCGGGUCCCCUUAAAAACAAAAACAAAAACAAAACAAACCGCUCCCCCAAAGGUCUCUCCAUUCCAGUUCGGUCAAAUCUGCCAGUGCACUUUGUUGGAUGUAAAAUAAACCACAGGCUUUCCACGUGGGGGUGAUCCCCACCCUUUCAGUUUUUUCUGGGAAGGAGCACCACGCUCUCUCCAGAGAAUGCGCUAGAGACCACAGGCCUGGUCUUCUUGGGCCAUGGAAACAGGCUGCUGUUGCAUUGAGAC